AUGUCUCUUCAAACAAUUCUUCCACGGCGCCUGCCGUCUCGCCCAUCUCUCCUCGCCAUCGCCGCCAGCGCCGCCACCGCGCCCCGGCGCUCAUUCUUCAACCUCCCCGGCGGCGACGGCAGCGGCAGCAGCGACAGCAACGCCCAACACCUCACCGCCACGCGCACCCUGCCCUACGCCUCGGCGCCCCUCUACGACCUCAUCGCCGACGUCGACUCGUACCACCGCUUCGUCCCCUACUGCGCCCGCUCCCGCGUCACCCACUGGUCCCCCCCCGACGCCCACGGCCGCCGCUGGCCCGCCCAGGCAGACCUGCACGUCGGCUGGGGCGGCUUCACAGAGGUCUUCACCAGCCGCCUGCGCUGCGUCCCCGGUGUCUCCGUCGAGGCCCUCAGCCGUGAUGACGAGUCUGCCUCCUCCUCCUCGUCCGUCUUCAAGAGCCUCGUCACCCGCUGGUCCCUCAACCCCGUCGCCUCGCACCAGCCCUCGACAGAGGUCCACCUCUCCAUCACCUACCAGUUUACCAGCCCAAUCUAUGCCGCCGUCAGUGCCGCCGUCUCCGACAAGGUCGCCGGCGUCAUGAUAGAGGCCUUUGAGAAACAGGCGCAAGAGAGGCUGGCGUCAACACGCAAGCUGUGA